AUGGCUGACCCCAGCAAGCAACCAGACAUUUCCAAGGCGUCAGAGACUACCAAGGUCCCUGCGGCGGAACAUGAGGAUGACGGCAUAAGCCCAGAGGUCAACCUGAAGACUAUUCACAGGCAUGAAGACGGUGACAUUGCCCUGGAUUUCGCCGCACAGCUCGACGCUGGGUAUGAAGUCUUACCAGAGGUCGAACGCCGGGUCCGCCACAAGAUUGACUUCAUUCUCUUGCCUCUCAUAUCCUGUACAGCCACUUUAUCAUUUCUGGAUAAAGUCUCCAACAAUUAUGCCAACAAUUAUGGAUUGUCCAAAGCCCUUCAUAUGGAGGGCGACCAGUUCUCGUGGAGUGCCUCGGUCUUUUACUUUGCCUUUCUUGUAUGGCAGCCUGCGGUUUCAUAUAUGAACCAACACUAUCCACUUGGGCGAACAAUAUCUCUCAACUGUAUGGCUUGGGGUCUGAUCCUUCUAGGUCAAGGUUUUGUCAAGAAUUAUACGGGCUUCGUGGUCCUCAGAUUCUUUCAGGGGCUGUUUGAAGCCUGUGUUCUUCCUACACUUCAGAUGAUGUGCUCGAUCUGGUGGACUCGUGAAGAGCAAUCCCUGCGAACAGCGUUCUGGUUCAACUCUAUAGCAGGCAUACUCGGCGGCCUUUUUGCCUACGCUAUAGGCCAGUGGCACGUCCAGUCUGGCUUUGAGCGUUAUCAGUACUUGUACAUCACCUAUGGCUCUUUCACGGUCGCCUGGGGGGUAAUGCUUUAUUUUGUGCUCCCUGAUUCCCCUGUCACGGCAUGGUUUUUAAACCAUGAAGAGAAGUUGACUGCAAUUGCGCGUAUCAAGAGAAACCAGACGGGAAUGAUCAAUCGCCACUUUAACCGCAGCCAAGCCAUAGAAGCGAUUAAGGAUCCCAAGACCUGGUUUUUCGUCUUCUUUGCGUUUGUUUCCAACCUCGUAAAUGGCAGUCUCAACGCCUUUUCUACCGCCAUCAUUUCAGGCUUCGGUUUCACUCCCUUAAGUACCACUUUACUUUCGAUGCCGUGGGGUGUUGUAUCAACAUUGUCAAACAUUCUUGUCGGGCUCUGUAUAUCUUUCACCGAAGGAAAGCGUUUGUUCUAUAUGGCUGGUGUGAUUCUCAUCCCUCUAAUUGGAAUAUCAAUUCAGUUUGCCCUUGUCGGCGGGCCUCGAGGAGUGUUGCUUUUCGCAUACUACCUGACAGGCCCAUACAAUGUUCCAUAUGUAAUGCUACUUGCCAUUAUAUCAUCCAAUACGGCGGGAACAACUAAAAAGGUUGUCACGAGCAGCUUUGUCUGGAUUGCUUACUGUGCCGGAAAUAUUGCCGGGCCUUUCUUUUUCAAACCGUCAGAGGCUCCCUAUUAUCGCAUGGGAAUAGGUGUUGUGCUCGGUAGCUUCACUCUUCAAUGCCUCUUGUCACUUGGCUUCAGUGUCUACCUACGCAUGCUCAACAAUAUCAAGGAACAGCAAGUCAGGGAAGCAUCUGAUCAUCAGGAGGAUAGCGCCGCUCAUGCAUUUGCCGACUUGACGGACAAUGAGAAUGAGCAGUUCAGAUAUGUUUACUAG